UGUGAUUUAAAAAAAGCAAAGAACAGAUUCCAAGAGCUCAUGUUUCCCAAGUCUUAUGUCUUUUUAAGUCUAAGUCUUUUUGACUUAAGUGAUGAAAAAGCUGGUCAUUGCUUAUGUGUUGUGCAGGAUUAGAGUGUCCCGGUAUCUACAGAUGAUACCCAACACCCAUCACACGCACCACACACACACACUCUCUCUCUUCCCCUCACCGCUGUAAGCACAAAUAGAUUCCCUGGCUCAGCUGCGUCGCUCUGCGUGUAUAAAGGACUUGGCUAAGAGUGCGGCCGCUCACUUGCUGUCACUUGCAAAACAACAAGCUCCUCUACCAGGGAGACACAGAAGAACCAGCAUGUCCGACCAGUCGGCCUUUGACACAAAUGUAUGGACCCUGACUCGGUUCGUCAUAGAGACCGGGCGCCAGGCCAAGGGGGCGACCGGUGAGCUGACCCAACUCAUCAACGCCAUGCUGACGGCCAUCAAAGCCAUUUCCUCUGCUGUGCGCAAGGCAGGCCUGUCCCAUCUACAGGGCCUGGCGGGCUCUGUGAACGUGACAGGGGACGAUGUGAAGAAGCUGGACGUGCUGUCCAACGACCUGGUCAUCAACAUGCUGCAGGCCUCGUACAGCACCUGCUGCAUGGUUUCUGAGGAGAACGAGGGACUCAUCAUCACUCCCAAGGACAAGAGGGGGAAGUACGUGGUCUGCUUUGACCCUCUGGACGGCUCCAGUAACAUCGACUGCUUGGCUUCUAUCGGCACUAUAUUUGCCAUUUACAAACGGACAUCAGAUGGGGAGCCUACAGAGAAAGACGCCCUGCAGCAGGGCAACAACAUCGUCUGUGCCGGCUACGCCCUCUACGGCAGCGCCACCCUGGUGGCUCUCAGCACUGGAGCUGGCCUCAACUUCUUCAUGCUGGACCCUGGUAUCGGUGAGUUCAUCCUCACUGAGAGGAACGUGAAGAUCAAGCAGAAGGGAAAGAUCUACAGUCUGAAUGAGGGCUACGCCAAAUACUUCCACCCCUCCAUCAACGAGUACCUGAAGCACAAGAAAUACCCAGAGGAUGGAAGUGCUCCCUAUGGAUCCCGCUAUGUGGGGUCAAUGGUCUCAGAUGUUCACCGCACCAUCGCCUAUGGAGGGAUCUUCAUGUACCCCGCCAACGAGAAGAGCCCAAAGGGAAAGCUGAGGCUUCUGUACGAGUGCAACCCCGUCGCCUUCCUCAUCGAGCAGGCGGGAGGCCUCGCCACCACCGGCACCCAGAGGAUACUGGACGUCCAGCCUGAAGCGCUGCACCAACGGGUGCCCUUCGUGGUCGGCUCCCCUGAUGACGUCAACGAGUACCUGUCGAUUGUCAAGAAGUUUGCUUAAGGCUGAGGAAAGCUUUGAUGAAGUCGUCCAAUCUUAAUCAUUGUAUAUAUACGGUAUAUUAGAAUGCAAAUAAUUCAGGAGGAUCAGUAAUAAAGUUAUAGUGACUAUUCUAACAGCCAUGGUUGUUCAAAUCUUUAACCUGACGCUAUUAUUGACCCUGGUUGUUUUGAGCAAUAUGUGUAUUUGUUAAUCUGACCUUCAGAUGUUGUGUCACCUUCAUUUUCUCAGCUGAUGUCAACAGCUCAGGUCCCAGCCCGAAAUCCUAUCCUGACCUGACGUGGCGUUUGUUACAAGACUGAGAAACUUUGUUUUUGUCUCUGUAGAAACAUCAGUAGAAACAGGUGAUACUUUGAAUUACACCAAAUGUAAACGAUAGCCUGGCGUUGGAUCAUACGGAUGAGGGGAGUCAUUAGAGCCGCAUUGUUGGAUCAAAAAAUUUGGGAGAUAUUGUAGUAUGAUGAAGUGGAAUUGCGUCUUAAGUGUGGGCCAGUGUAGCAAUAACAGAAAUAUUAUCUUCAUAUUAUCAAACAAUUGCAUGUAUUUACUUAAACCCUGGUCGUGUAGCCAUUUUUGAUUGUUUGACAAUUAAUCGUGCAGCCCUAGUAGUUAUGUUUACUUUUAUAUGAAAAUGUUUGUGAGUGAGCGUGAGGAUUUUCCACUUGUCGUCCAAAUAAAAAGAAUAAAAACAUC